AUGGCUGUCUUUCGAAAAGAGCGCGAGCAGGCGGCACGAGUUGUGCGGAUGUGGCAGAAAAUAUCAACUCGGCUAUUAGUUUGGUCGCUCGGAGCGCUGCUCCUCGCAUCGCUGGCUCUUCCACUAACAGAGGCCGCCGUUUCCGCCGUGACUUCCGUGAAACCAACCGGCGUCACCGGCACGACCACCGGCGGCACAACCGGCACCGUCGCAGCUGGCGAUAGCGGCGGCAGCGCGGACGGCGGCGAUGCGGGAGAUGACGUCAUCAGCGGAAGCUACACCCCGCCGCCCAAGUGCCCCGCGGGGGAUACGGCGUGCGCGGGAGCGAUGGGGGCGGCGGCGGACCCCGACGCGCCGUCGGCCGUGGCGGCGUGCCCCACGGGGGAGCGGCGGUGCUCCAACGGCGCGUGCGUUAAGAUCGGCAUGCUCUGCACGCUCUCCCUGCAGUGCACGGCGGGGCAGUUCCGCUGCCACGACAGCAGCGGGUGCGUGCCGGACGACGCGGUGUGCGACGGCCAGGAGGACUGUAACGACGGGUCGGACGAGUCAGGCGACGACUGCGAGCUCAUUAGCGGCUGUCUCGCGCAGGGACUGGCCGCCUGCCCUGCAGAUGCGCAGUGCAUUGCGCUUCGGAAGUUCUGUGAUGGAGUGAACGACUGCAAGAGUGGGUCGGAGGAGGGGGAGGACUUCUGCUCCACUUACAGGUGUCCACGUGGCACCUUCAAGUGCCCCUCCUCGCCACUCAUCUGCCGCCCGGGCGCCAUGUGCGACGGCAAAAACCACUGCCCUGUAACGAACCCCGACGUGUCUUAUACGGAGGAUGAAGACCCAGCGAUGUGCAGCAGCUUCACCCGACCCAUAGACCCCCGCACGGGCCUUCCCACCAGCGGCGCCACCAUCACCCGGGUGGGGGAUGGUCCCCUGGGCCCCGGCCAGAGAGGCACGAGCGGAGGAGCUGGGGGAGGGAGUGGUGGAGGGAAGGGUGGGAAGGGUGGGAAAGGCGGAGGGAAGGGGAGUGGUGGUGGGAAGGGGAAGGGGAGUGAUGGUGGAAAGGGGAAGGGGGGUGGAGGAAGUGGGGAUAAUGCAGGGAGUGGAAAGGGGAGUCAAGGAGGUGUUUCAGAUGAGGUGAAGAAGCAGGCUGGCAAAGCGAAAGCCGCAGCGGACAAGGUGAAGCAAAAAGUAAAACCGACAGGAAUUGUUGUGCCGAAGCGUGGGGGUGGAAAUUAA